AUGCUCCGCCCACCGCCGCUAUCUGGUGUUCUUGCAUGGGGGACCCUGCUCUUGCUCGUGGCAGCGAACAUUCUCAUCGACGUCGCCCACGUCCGUGCGACGAAGCGCACCGCCGCGCUCCGUGCCCCACCAGCCUCCCGCUACUCCUUCAUCGACGAAGACUUCCCCCUCUACCUCCCCAUCCCCUCACUUCCUAAUCGCCGCGUCGCACUCGCGCUCGAAGAGUCCGCGCACUACCACUCCGCCGCCGCGGGCGUGGCUGGGCAGCUCGCCGAUCAGGAGUGGCGCUACGUCGGCGGCGGCGGCGACGGCAACGUGCGCCUCGGGCCCUCCCGCCGGUUCUUCAACACCGGGUUCUCGUACGAGGUCCACUGCGCGCGCGUCCUCGCCUCCGCGUUCCAGAACCCGGCGCCCAUGGGGGAGCGGCGGCGCGGGGAGGUCGAGCACGUGAAGCGGUGUCUGAACGUCGUCCGCCAGUUCGCGCUGUGCGGGGCGGACGCGGGACUGGAGCCGGCCUGGGUCGUCGGCGCGCCUGGGGUGCGCGACGGGCCUGGUUUACAUGCAGGGCUUGGGGCGAGGAAUCUCAGCGUGGAGAGGUGGGGCGGGGAGAAGAGGUGCAGAGACUUCCCGGGGAUGUAUGAGGCGAUGGACGCGAACUGGGCGGAGUGGCGAGGGUACCAGAAGUCGUUGUAG